CAGCCCUGAUUUUUCAAAAUGAAAAAGCUAUUUCAUGUGUGAACCAGCGUAUUGAUGUUUUCAUGUGGCUAUGCAAAAAAGGAAUCUGAUCUUAAUGGAGCCCAAGUCAAACUUAGGGAGUUUGAAGCAGCCCUCAAUUCUAAAGAAGCUGCACUGGCCACAGCCCUUGGUGAUAAGAAAAGUCUGGAGGGAGAAACUGAGGAUUUAAAAGAUCAAAUUGUACAGCUUGAAGUUACUUUAGCUGCUGCCAAGGAACAGCUUGCAAAUGAAACCUUAAUGAAGGUGGAUCUUGAAAACCGUUGUCAGAGUCUCAUUGAGGACCUGGAGUUCCGUAAAAACAUGUAUGAGGAGGAAAUCAAUGAAACAAGACGAAAACAUGAAACUCGCUUAGUUGAGGUUGAUUCUGGGCGUCAGACUGAAUAUGAACAUAAACUGGCCCAAGCCCUUCUUGAAAUAAGAGAGCAGCAUGAUGCACAAGUGAAGCUGUACAAAGAAGAGCUUGAACAGACUUACCAUGCUAAACUUGAGAAUGCUAGACUGUCCUCCGAGAUGAGCAAUUCUGCAGCCAACUCAAUAAGAGAAGAACUGAAUGAAAGUCGCAUACGAAUUGAUAAUCUGUCUUCCCAUCUUGCCAGCCUUCAGAAAGAGUCUAGAGCAUGGCAAGAUAGAGUGCAAGAGCUUGAGGACAGCUUGGCCAAGGAACGGGAAAACUGCCGCAAAAUACUGUCUGAGAAAGAGAAGGAAAUGACAGAGAUCAGAAAUCAGAUGCAGGAGCAGCUGAACGACUACGAACAACUUCUGGAUGUUAAACUGGCACUUGAUAUGGAAAUCAAUGCAUACCGGAAAUUGCUGGAGGGUGAAGAGGAGAGGUUGAAACUUUCUCCAAGCCCAUCUUCCCGAGUGACAGUUUCACGGGCUUCAUCGAGCCGUAGUGUGCGUACAACCAGAGGGAAGAGGAAGAGGAUUGAUGUGGAGGAAUCUGAAGCCAGCAGUAGUGUUAGCAUUUCCCACUCAGCUUCUGCCACUGGAAAUGUCUCUAUUGAGGAGAUAGAUGUUGACGGAAAAUUCAUCCGCUUGAAGAACACCUCUGAACAGGAUCAACCUAUGGGAGGUUGGGAAAUGAUCCGAAAAAUAGGAGACACUUCUGCUAGUUACAGAUAUACCUCAAGAUACAUACUAAAGGCAGGCCAAACUGUUACAAUCUGGGCUGCAAAUGCUGGAGUAACUGCUAGCCCUCCUACUGACCUCAUCUGGAAGAACCAGAAUUCUUGGGGCACUGGUGAAGAUGUGAAAGUUGUACUGAAAAAUUCUCAGGGAGAGGAGGUUGCUCAAAGAAUCACUGUCUUUAAAACAACUAUACGUGAAGAGGAAGAAGUUGAGGAAGAAGCAGCUGAAGCUGGGGAGGAAGAAGACCUCUACUACCAGCAGGCAGGCCCAAGAACAUCUAACAGAAGCUGUGCAAUCAUGUAAACUUCCAGUCAGCCAGGUUCCUCAGAUCACGGUAAUCCUUGCCUACAGAACAGAGCCUUCUCAGAAGCACAACAUAUUUUUGUAUUUUCUGUAUGUGAGUUUUUAAGCUGAGAGUCUGAUGGCCUUAACUUCCUUUGCCACUGAAAAGGAAGUUUUGUAAGAGAAGUAUCUGUAACUUUCUUGCAGGAUGUGAAUUGUUGACUCUGAACAACGUACUGUUUAAAAAAUGAACCUGUACCCUAGAUUUAUAUGCCAGUCUUUUUUUAUUGAAACUUUGCCGGAAUAGAAAUAUUCCGCUGUUUUGGGGAUCAAUUUUUUCUUAGAUUAUACCACUCUAGGCUAGCCAGUUGCUGUUGACCUCUCUAUAUUUAGGUGCUGUUGGGGAAGGGGAAGGCAUUUUAGAUACUAUGAACUCUUUUAUACUGGAGACUUUUUUUCCUACAGUGCAACCAAGGCUAUAAAACUUUUUUUUUUAAUAGAAAAGAACACC